UCCCACCGUCCCAUCAUGCCUUGCCUCCCCACCUCCGCUGCCAUGUCGCUGCCCUCCGUCCGCCUCCCGCUGCGCCCGUCCCCUCCCGCGACAACCACGCCGCUCUCCCGCCGCGGCCCCGUCCUCCGCUCCCUCGCGCCGCCGUCCCCCGCCCUCGCCCUCGCCCUCCUCAACCCCCUCGUCUCCGCGGCGCCCGCGUCCAGCUCCUACCGCUCCGCGCUCCUCCUCCACCGCCGCCGCCGGCACGCGCUGCCCGACGCCACCGAGGCUGUGACAAUCACCCCCGCACCGAUCCCCAAGGUCACGAAGCAGUACCAGGAAUGGGACUCCCUGACGGCCAAGUUCGCCGGCGGGGCCAACCUGCCCUUCCUGCUCCUCCAGCUCCCGCAGAUCAUCCUCAACUCCCGCAACCUGCUCGCCGGCAACAAGGCCGCCCUCUUCGCCGUCCCCUGGCUCGGGAUGCUCACGGGCCUGCUAGGCAACCUGUCGCUCAUGUCCUACUUCGCCAAGAAGAGGGAGACGGAGGCCGUCAUCGUGCAGACGCUCGGCAGCAUCUCCACCUACGUCGUCAUCGUCCAGCUCGCCAUGGCAGAGUCCAUGCCCAUGCCGCAGUUCCUGGCCACUUCCGCUGUUGUGGCAGCGGGCCUUCUCCUCAACCUGCUCAACUACCUUGGCUGGCUCCCCGGAACCCUCUGGCAGCUCUGGGAGGAUUUCAUGACAAUCGGUGGCCUCGCCGUGCUCCCUCAGGUCAUGUGGUCAACAUUUGUUCCCUUCAUCCCCAAUAGCGUGCUGCCUGGCAUUAUCUGUGGCUCUCUGGCUGUUGCUGCUGUUGUCAUGGCCAGGAUGGGCAAGCUUUCCGAGGGAGGGACUAAGCUUGUGGGAUCAUUGUCUGGUUGGACUGCCACACUUCUAUUCAUGUGGAUGCCAGUUGCACAAAUGUGGACAAACUACCUCAACCCAAGUAACAUCGAAGGGUUAUCAUCUUUCUCAAUGUUGCUUGCAAUGAUUGGAAAUGGACUUAUGAUUCCUCGUGCUGUAUUUAUCAGAGAUCUAAUGUGGUUCACUGGUUCUAUUUGGGCAUCUAUCCUACAAGGUUGGGGUAACUUGGCCUGCAUGUACUGCUGCGACAGCAUCAGCAGAGAAUUUUUCUUCGCAACAACAUUUGGAUUGUUUCUAUGGCUAGGUUUCACCUUCUGGAGAGAUACCGGCGCCUACGGCAACAGCUCACCUGUGACAUCUCUGAAGGAGCUGAUCUUCGGAAAGUGAAGACCAUUUCUUGCAAGCACUUGAAGCAGCUGACUAUUCAGGUGUAGGAAGCUCUCCUGCAAUAAUUACUUCCCGGUGACCUGGCAAGAUCCGAGCCGUGGUAAAAAUCUUGGUAGACAUAGAUAGAGGUGAAAGAAACGCUGUGGCCGACAACCCUGACGAACUGAAGGCUGUGGUGAAACGAGAGUGCCCGCCCCCACAGCUCGCAGAAAGCGCCAUGGAAGUUUCACGUGGCAACAGAAGCUACCGUGUGACCACUGGCGGCCAGCUUGCGCAUCCGGCAGAAAGGGUACAGUGCAGGAGUAGAUCUAUUCGUUGUAAGAAAAAGUUUGUGUUUCUUCUACAUAUACUAUAUUGAAUAAU